AUGUUAUGGAUUGAGAAAUUAUGUUUUGAAGUAGAUUUUCACAAACUGAUUCCUCGAAUAGUACUUGAAUAUUCAAUUGUAACCUCUGUAAUCUAUCUAGUCGGCGACAAGUUACUCUUUGAUGAUGAUGAUGAUGAUGAUGAUGAUGAUGAUGAUGAUGAUGAUGAUGAUGAUGAUGAUGAUGAUGAUGAUGAUGAUGAUGAUGAUGAUGAUGAUGAUGAUGAUGAUGAUAAUGAGAUCAAAAUGGCAGUGUGUUACGAUCAUUUAAGUAGGUAA